AUGGGCAGGGAGCCACGUGGGCCCUCCAGCAUAGACAGGCCAGCUUGCUCCUCGUUUCUGGGGGAACAUUUCUAUCCCCGUGGUCCGGCCAUCUGCCCCCACCACCGUCGCUCUUGGCUCUGGCCACCGCUACCCCUGCCCAUUGGAGCCGAGAAGGAGGGAAAUGGGAAACACGAUCCCUUUCCAGGGAAUGCCCCUUGUUCCAGCCCAGGAGUCCCCAGCCAGACCCAGACGCCCCCCGGGGGCCCCGGGGGCGGCGGAGGCGGUGGGGGCAGCGGCGCGGGCGGGCCCGGAGCCGCGGGCGUCGGGGGAGCCGCGGGCCAGCUCGACGCGCAGGUUAAUGGACCUGAUGGUAUCCUACAGAAUGGUGCUGUGGAUGACAGUGUAGCUAAAACCAGCCAACUGUUGGCCGAAUUGAAUUUUGAAGAAGAUGAAGAAGAUACUUACUAUACAAAGGAUCUCCCUGUGCAUGCUUGCAGUUACUGUGGCAUCCAUGACCCGGCUUGUGUGGUUUACUGCAAUACUAGCAAGAAAUGGUUUUGUAAUGGACGUGGAAACACUUCUGGCAGCCACAUUGUAAAUCAUCUUGUAAGAGCAAAAUGCAAAGAAGUUACUCUCCACAAGGAUGGGCCCCUGGGGGAGACAGUGCUGGAGUGUUAUAACUGUGGGUGUCGAAAUGUGUUUCUCCUUGGCUUCAUACCUGCCAAAGCUGAUUCGGUAGUGGUACUCCUCUGCAGGCAACCUUGUGCCAGUCAGAGCAGCUUAAAGGAUAUCAAUUGGGACAGCUCACAGUGGCAGCCUCUGAUCCAAGAUCGCUGUUUUCUUUCCUGGUUGGUAAAGAUUCCAUCUGAGCAGGAACAGCUGAGAGCACGCCAGAUUACAGCCCAACAAAUUAACAAACUAGAGGAGCUUUGGAAGGAAAAUCCUUCAGCAACACUCGAAGAUCUAGAAAAGCCAGGUGUUGAUGAGGAACCACAGCAUGUCCUGCUGCGGUAUGAGGAUGCUUACCAGUAUCAAAAUAUAUUCGGUCCACUCGUCAAACUGGAAGCAGAUUAUGAUAAGAAACUUAAAGAAUCCCAGACCCAAGAUAACAUCACAGUCAGAUGGGACCUGGGCCUCAACAAGAAGAGAAUCGCUUACUUCACCUUGCCCAAGACUGACUCUGAUAUGCGUCUUAUGCAGGGAGAUGAAAUCUGCCUUCGCUAUAAAGGUGACCUCGCACCUCUGUGGAAGGGAAUCGGCCAUGUCAUUAAAGUCCCAGAUAAUUAUGGUGAUGAAAUUGCAAUUGAAUUGAGGAGUAGUGUUGGGGCUCCUGUAGAAGUUACUCAUAACUUCCAAGUGGAUUUUGUAUGGAAAUCCACUUCAUUUGACAGAAUGCAGAGUGCAUUAAAAACAUUUGCUGUAGAUGAAACCUCAGUAUCUGGCUACAUUUACCACAAACUGUUGGGUCAUGAAGUAGAGGAUGUGAUUAUUAAAUGCCAACUGCCAAAACGUUUUACAGCACAAGGACUCCCUGACCUCAAUCAUUCUCAGGUAUAUGCAGUAAAGACUGUUUUGCAGCGACCUUUGAGCCUCAUCCAGGGACCACCUGGUACAGGGAAGACUGUAACAUCAGCUACAAUUGUCUACCAUUUGGCUAGGCAAGGAAAUGGGCCUGUGCUAGUUUGUGCUCCAAGCAAUAUAGCUGUGGAUCAGUUAACUGAGAAGAUUCACCAGACUGGUUUGAAAGUUGUUCGUCUUUGCGCUAAAAGCCGAGAAGCAAUCGAUUCUCCUGUAUCUUUUUUGGCUCUACACAACCAGAUCAGGAAUAUGGAUAGCAUGCCUGAACUCCAGAAAUUACAACAAUUGAAAGAUGAAACGGGCGAACUUUCAUCUGCUGAUGAAAAGCGUUAUCGAGCAUUGAAACGUACAGCUGAACGAGAAUUGCUUAUGAAUGCAGAUGUGAUUUGCUGCACAUGUGUGGGAGCAGGUGAUCCAAGGCUUGCCAAGAUGCAGUUCCGAUCCAUUUUAAUUGAUGAAAGCACACAGGCUACCGAACCAGAGUGUAUGGUACCAGUUGUUCUUGGAGCCAAACAGUUGAUCCUCGUAGGAGAUCAUUGCCAGCUGGGUCCUGUGGUCAUGUGCAAGAAAGCUGCAAAAGCAGGCUUGUCUCAGUCGCUGUUUGAGCGGCUAGUGGUGUUAGGAAUCCGUCCAAUUCGCCUGCAGGUGCAGUAUCGAAUGCAUCCUGCCCUUAGUGCUUUCCCAUCAAACAUCUUCUAUGAGGGGUCCCUUCAGAAUGGCGUUACUGCAGCUGAUCGUGUGAAAAAGGGAUUUGAUUUCCAGUGGCCCCAGCCAGAUAAACCAAUGUUCUUCUAUGUGACCCAGGGCCAAGAAGAAAUUGCCAGUUCAGGCACCUCUUAUUUGAACAGAACGGAAGCAGCAAAUGUGGAAAAGAUAACUACAAAGCUAUUAAAAGCUGGUGCCAAGCCAGAUCAAAUUGGUAUUAUUACACCUUAUGAGGGUCAGCGAUCUUAUCUGGUACAAUACAUGCAAUUUAGUGGCUCCCUACAUACAAAACUCUACCAGGAAGUGGAAAUAGCUAGUGUUGAUGCAUUCCAGGGACGAGAGAAGGACUUCAUCAUUCUCUCCUGUGUGAGAGCCAAUGAGCACCAAGGAAUUGGAUUUUUAAAUGAUCCCAGGCGUCUUAAUGUGGCUCUUACUCGAGCCAGAUAUGGAGUAAUUAUUGUUGGCAACCCAAAAGCUCUCUCCAAGCAACCACUUUGGAAUCAUCUAUUGAACUACUACAAGGAACAGAAAGUACUGGUAGAAGGACCUCUGAACAACCUCCGAGAGAGCCUCAUGCAGUUCAGCAAGCCCCGGAAACUUGUCAAUACCAUCAACCCUGGAGCCCGGUUCAUGACUACAGCUAUGUAUGAUGCACGUGAAGCUAUCAUCCCAGGAUCUGUCUAUGAUCGGAGCAGUCAAGGACGUCCAUCGAACAUGUAUUUUCAAACUCACGAUCAGAUUGGGAUGAUUAGCACUGGACCCAGUCACGUCACUGCUAUGAACAUUCCUAUUCCUUUCAACCUUGUGAUGCCACCAAUGCCACCACCAGGCUAUUUCGGCCAAGCCAAUGGACCAGCUGCAGGCCGUGGGACACCAAAGGGGAAAACUGGUCGUGGGGGACGCCAGAAAAAUCGCUUUGGAAUUCCUGGAACUAGCCAGUCAAAUCUUCCAAAUAGUCAGGCCAGUCAAGAUGUGGUAUCCCAGCCCUUCUCCCAGGGUCCAUUGACUCAGGGCUAUAUUUCCAUGAGUCAGCCAUCACAGAUGAGCCAGCCAGGGCUCUCCCAACCAGAAUUAUCCCAGGACAGUUACCUUGGUGAUGAGUUUAAAUCGCAGAUUGAUGUGGCUCUGUCACAAGACUCUACAUACCAAGGAGAACGGGCAUACCAACACGGUGGAGUGACAGGGCUGUCACAGUAUUAGAGUGUCAAGAAAGAAGAGCUAAGCUUAUGUGGAGCUUAGUCCAUCAGCAUCUUAUUCUGGGUAAUAAAAAAAUAAAAUAAAAUGGAUACCUGUUUUCCACUGCUAAAACUGAAGCAUCACUGUGUGAGAGCAACAGGGGAGAGAGAAGAGAGAGAGAAACCAACCAAUGGGGAGAGAAGAGAGGAAGGAACAAGAGAGAAAGAGAGAGAGAGACCACUGCUAGCACACUGAGACGAGGAGAAUGGCCGAAGAGGAGAGAGAAGCAGAGCACUGGCUGCACCGCCAUGGGAAGGCGGGACUGUCUCAGCAUCCCCCGGCCCGCCAGACUGCUCCCCCGCAGCUCGCCCUGACCGAAUGAAUGGUCAGCUGAGUCCCUGCUCCCCCAGCCCAAUCAGCUAAGAGAGAAGGGCCUUCAGCAAGGCUCACUUCAUUCCAUACUCUGGUUUGUGAACAGGGCAGCGCCGUUCAGAGCAGGAGGGAUGGCAAACCCUCAUCUCAGAGUUUUGUGUUUUUUUUUUUUUUUUGUUUUUUUUUUUUAAGGGGACUAUGUUUUAGCAGGACAAACUGUUCACAUUUUAGAAGCAGAGACAAGAUUCCUUCUUACAGUUGGCAGAACCCACCACAUUUGGCAGCAGCAGAUGGCCAGAGCUCCACUCUGAGAUGCAGGGUUUGUUGUUCACACUGGCUCUGAAACCUCAGUGUCAUCAUGUUGCCUGUGUUCUGAAAGGGUUUUUCAUUUAAAAGAAAAAUUUUGGGUUUGUUUUUAAGAGAUUCUUCAAAGGAGCACUUUUUUUUUUUUUUUAAAGUUUGUCUCUGAAAUCUUAGCGGUGGACCUGGGAGAUAAAAGAAUCUUACCAGAAAAUUUUUAAGAAAUCUAAAUUAGAAUCACCAACCUCGACAAGAACUUUCAGAGAAUUUUAAAGUUUCCUCAUUCAGCCUCUUCUUCCUACAAGGGAUCACAGUCAGUGAGGGAAAUGGGGCCCACGCCCUGAUACCUCAUGGGGUCCAGCCUGAGGAGGCUUUCACAUUUUUCUCUAUGCUUUUCAUAGGCUAUUGUCUGGACUCUACUCUGUGAAAACCAGCCUUUUCUGUAAGAUGAACCGUGCGCUUAACCAAGGGGAUGGGGCUCCAGGCCAUGGUGGCGCUGGAGGAGAAGAUGCUAGGCUGCCUGCCCUGUUCACUCCUACUGAGGAAGGGGAAAAGUAGGGGCUCCUGGGGAUUAUAUUGGUUUUGAAGUAAAGACUCAAAGACAUUACUGAAGUGGGCUGAAAAGGGGAAGGAAGCAUUAUGGGCAAACCGGCAGUUGUUGGAAGGUGGCCUUUUAAAUAGCUGGUGGCUUCUUUGGUGACUUUCUACUUUUCCAAAGGUAGCUGGAGGAGUCCUUAAAAACACAAACCAACCACAAACAAGGCCCAAGAAAGAAACCCUGGAGACCGGCCCCUCCAGGCGUGGAACACCAAUUACAGCAUCCUCAUGAUUGGGAAAAGAUGCUGGAGGUGACAUAUCAGAGAGCACAUUUUAAAUGACCCAGCCAGUCUUUCUAAGUUCUACCCAGCUUAUAGGGCAACUCCAGCCAGGACUGCUGGGGCUCUUAUAUGACUUCACGCAGUCUUUUUAGAAACACUGAAUGCUGGGAACAUUCAACUUCUAGUCCUCCUGUUGUCAAACUCUCUAAAUUUGGAAGAAGUCUACCUCCUAAUUGGCAAGGGUCGGCAGAGUGUGACUUAACUAAAUGUAGAUAAUUUUUUUAAACCUUCCAGAAUUAAGUUAGCUUUAUGAUCAAGGGGCAUGAAGGGUUUCUGGCCUGAAAGAUGGGGGCAAAUUAUUUCGCUUAUCACUUAGAGAAAUUCUAAAUUGGCCCCUCCUGCCAGUAUACUAAAAUGCUAUAAACUGCAGUAGUUGUUUUGUUUUCUUUUGUUUUCUUUGUUUUGUUUUUUUAAUUUGAAAGCCAACCCCUCUGGUUUCUGUCCUUGAGGUUUUCUAGCCGACCACUUAAGCAAAUCUGCCUUCAUCUGUAGUUUUCCAAGACUUUUCCCCUCCCUUUUCCUUUCAGAGAUCAGUGAUCAAGUGUCAUUAGAUUUCCACCCCAAACUCCAUUCUGGACAACAGUGCUGGUGAUCUGAGACCUGGGGUACCAGGAAGUACCACCGUUUUGGUUUUGUCCCGAAGCUUACACAGAUGGCAAAACAAAAAAAACAAACACCGCCACAAAACCCCUCUCCCUCCCACCCUAACCUAAACCCUCACCCCCACCCUGAACAGCUCUUAAAAAAGCAAAUCGGCCAUUCUAUCCUAAAAAGAAAAAAAGCCUCCAGAGUUUAGACUUCUAAAAUGUACAGAUAACAGGUACAUACGGGCCACCUUCCUUCCUGUGAGAUGGACUCUUUUAUUUAUUAACAUUGCCGAAGGGCUUUAAAAUUUUUUUUUCUUCCUUCUGGGUAGGCUGCAUAGUGCAUAGAGUUUUGAAAUAGGUUUAAACUGUAACCCUUUCUGCAAUGCAAUCCAUUGGGUAAUGUCCCACCUUCCCCCCCCUCCUUAUUUCACUGGUUGGAAUGCUUUUGCCUCUGCUCUGUGGCUUAUUUUUUUUUCCUUUUAUUUUUUUUUCUUUGUAGCAAGUUACUCUGAGUUUUAUAAAUCCAUGAACAUCAGUGUCAGCACGAUGUUACUUUUGAUUUUUGGUCAGUUUGUUUUAAGCUGUUUGCCAUCAAUAAAAUAUUAAUAAAAACACUCUUGCAUUCAUA